GAAGAUUGGGAAGAAUGGGACGGACGUCAUCCCUUUUGGAUUCACUGUUUGGCGGGGAGUGUUGCCGGAGUCGUGGAACACACCGCCGUGUAUCCGCUCGAUACGGUCCGUACGCACAUUCAAGUUACUACCACCACCGCCGCCACUACCACGGCAACCGCAUCCUCCACCGAGUUCGCCAACACCAACGCGCCUUUGGCCCUGUUCCGACUCUGGCGGGGCGUGCAGACGAUACUCGUGGGAUGCGUGCCAGCCCACGCCCUCUACUUUUCCAGUUACGAAUUCGUCAAGGCCGCCACCAGGGAUGCCGACGGACAGGUCACCACCUGGGGCAGCAGUCUCGCGGGAGCCGCCGCCACAACCUCGCACGAUCUCAUCAUGACACCGCUCGACACGCUCAAACAACGACUCCAACUAGGACACUACGAACGAGGCAUGAUGCAGGGACUCACACACAUACUGGCCACCGAAGGACCCGCCGCACUCGUUCGAUCAUUCCCGAUUACACUCGCCACCAACAUUCCCUACGGAAUGGUCAUGGUUGGUACGCACGAGUACGCCAAGGAACACUUGUUCGCCGAAUUGCCCUCUUCCUGGCAGACCAUUCUGGCCAGUUCCAGUAUUGCCGGAUUCGCUGCCGCCGCCAUUACCACACCUCUCGAUCGCAUUAAAACGGCGCUGCAAACCCAAACACUCGCCCCGGCCUGUCUCUAUUUGCAACAACCGCCACCGGCCGGGUCCACGCCGGGACCCACCACGUGCCCUGCCGCCGUCCGCCCCGUCUACACCACUUGGCGUGAUGCCGCUGGAUACAUUCUUCGUCACGAAGGACCGGCCGGAUUCUUUCGAGGCGUCGCACCACGCAUACUGUCCCACGUACCCGCCGUGGCCAUUUCCUGGACCACGUACGAAACCGCCAAGGCCUAUCUG